UGUGUUUAGCACCAAAAGCUAUAUAGAAUGUGUCAUGGCCAAUCCUCACAGAUUUAAUGGAGCAUAUAUAUUUUAAAAUAAAUUUUGAUUAAAAAAUUGCUAUAGUUUGAAUGCCAUGUGACAUGUAUAUUAAGUCUUUAAUUUGAGAAUCAAGAGAAAUGUUUCAUCAGAUUUUGCCUGAAACCGACCAAAUGUGUACACGAAAUAUGCAUUAAAACGAGUAAUGACUUUUUAGGAAAUAAUGUGUGAAUGAUUUAGAGAACAAGAUUCCUAUGACUAGUAAGCCAACUACGAGAAGAAGAAAAAGGCAAUAGAUUCUUCGAAAUACAGUAAUGGAGAACAACACACAAACAAAUGCAAUACAGAAGGAAAUAGAUCCCAUUUUGGUUAGACAUGGUACUAAUUAACUGUGUUUUUUGUCCAAAAUAUGGUACAAAGAUGAUUAAUAAAACCAAGUGCACUCCUAGAUAAUCUUUUGAAUAAAUUAUAGAUCCAUAACGUUUUUAGCAUUUAAUCUUUUCUAAGCAUGUGAUAUGUUUUAUCAAAACCUUUUUGAUUAUUCGAAAAAAAAAACAAAUGAGGUGGUGGUGGUUGCGACAGGAUGUCUUUGCGUUUCUUCUGUUUUCUUUUGCUUUAGACUGGAUUUAUUUUAUCGGAAGUAGCAGAUUCUGUUGGGAUUGAUUUUUACAGAUCUACGGCAGACGAAGGUCUUGGUCGAUGUGGCACUCCAGUGGUAGAGUUCCGGCAACUUUCUCAGCUUCCGGAAAAUCUUAUUUUACACUACACUGUGUAACUGUGUUGUUCCGAUUUGGAUCAACGUGUUCUUUGAUUUGACCUUUUUUUUUUUUUUUUGUUGUCUUAUUAUUUUCUAGCUGCAUGUAACGUUUUUUUAGAACAAAAAAUUUAAGUACGACGACUUUAAGAAAAAACCCAACGAGGUAUACUGAAACAACAUGUAGAAACACGACUUUCGAAACUUACCAAUCCUUGUGUGUGAACUAGUGUCACAUAUUCAACAGUGUUGAUAAUUAAUUGAAAAGUAUGAAACAAAAUAAUAUGUUUUCUAUGAUAGUAAAUACAGUACUGGUGACAAAAUGACAAUAUAUUAGAAUUAGACCAUUAUUAUUGGUGAAAACUGUAAUAAAUUUCUGAAAAUAUAUUUUAAAAGCUACAAAUAUUAACUAAUAAAAAACUAGAACUAUUUCGUUCUCACCAUUGGAAAAACAACUUCGUUCUCACCUUUUGACAUUCUUUAAAUUACUUUUUAAUAACUUUAUUUUAAUAAGACUUAUGGAAAUACUUUCUAAUGUGCAUGCCUUUAGGAGUCUGAUAUUGAUUUCAACAAAUAUAAGAAAAUUUUGAGCAAGAAAAACAGAUGCUCUUACUUCAACAAGUACUACAUCAGUUAAAUAAAAAUUAAUAAUUUUUAUUAUUUUAUAUUGGUUACUAGUAUUCAACAAAGAAUAUAAUAUUUUGCUUUUUUUCUUCAUAAAAUGUGAAGUAGAAAUAUAUACCCUGGACUUUUCUUUAUCUUUCACUAUUUACCCUAUAGAAUCUCUUCAAUGUCUCCACUUUAAAUUAUUUUAAUACUCACCAAUCACACCUUAGCUGUUUUAAUGAUUUGUCUAAAUGAUAAAUAAAGUUUUUAUCUUUCUAUAUAUGAGGACGACUAAAACAAGUGCGAUCAUAACACCAGUUUCUCAGCCAGUGGCUCUACCACUGUACCACGUUUUUACUUUUGAUCAACAGCUCUGUUUGGCUUUAAAUACUAACUUCAAUUCAGACAGCCCACAGAACACCUCUCUCGCGCGUCCAGAUUUUAAUAUAGUUUAAUAGAUUAUUUUUACUAUGAAUAGUUCUUCUAAUAGUAUAAAAGAGGUUCCUUGUUAAUACAUGAGAACGAAACCUCACAGUCUUGAGCAACACAUGUGUUACACAAGCACAUAAAAUCUCUUUGUUUACUUUCUUUCCUUCUUGGGACAGCAUCUUCUGUUUCUUUUCUAUCCAGUUAUAACUCUCACAAGAAACACAAAAAUGAAGGUGACAUUCAAAGUGUGUUUCUGUUGUGCAAGAAGCUUCAAAGUUAAAUCAAGUGAGCCACCUCAAGAAAUCAAAACACUUUUCGACAAUUACUCCGAAAACGGCAGGAUGUCUGAAGAUGAAAUGCUCAGGUUCGUGAUCCAAGUGCAAGGAGAAACACACGCUGAUUCAAACUACGUGAAGGAUAUAUUCAACAUGCUCAAACAUCACGGCGUUUUCCACCCUCGUGGGCUUCAUCUUGAAGAAUUCUACCGUUACCUCCUCAGCGAUUUCAACUCUCCAUUACCUCUUUCCGGCGAGGUUUGGCAAGAUAUGACUCAGCCUUUAUCGCAUUACUUCUUGUACACGGGACAUAACUCUUACUUGACUGGGAAUCAACUCAACAGUAGAAGCAGCACCGAGCCGAUUGUGAAGGCUCUGAGAAGAGGAGUUCGUGUCAUCGAGCUUGAUUUAUGGCGUAACUCUUCAGGUACCGAAGCUGAAGUUCGUCAUGGCGGGACGUUAACAAGUACCGAAGAUCUUCAGAAAUGUCUUAACGCGGUAAAGGAGAACGCAUUUGAGGUGUCUGAGUAUCCUGUUGUACUUACUUUAGAAGACCAUUUGAAUCCAGAUCUUCAGAAGAAAGUCGCUAAGAUGGUGAGUAAGACUUUUGGAGGAACAUUAUUCCGAUGCAGGGACGAACAUAAAAAGUGUUUUCCUUCACCAGAAGCACUCAAGAAUAAGAUAUUGAUGUCAACAAAGCCACCAAAAGAGUAUCUCCAGACCCAUAUCUCUCAAGGAGCAACAACAGCUGAAUCUAUAAAUACAGAAGAACUGAUUCAAGAUGAAGAUGAGAAGACUGUAGCAGUGGAAUACAGAGACUUGAUCUCGAUUCACGCUGGUAACCGCAAAGGAGGACUGAAGAACUGCUUGAAUGGGGAUCCUAACCGAGUCAUACGGUUAAGCAUGAGCGAGCAGUGGCUAGAAACUCUGGCUAAAACUCGUGGACCUGAUAUAGUAAAGUUCACUCAGAGGAAUAUUCUGAGGAUAUUUCCCAAGGCUACACGUUUUGACUCAUCAAAUUAUGAUCCUCUUGUUGGAUGGAUUCAUGGUGCUCAAAUGGUUGCCUUCAAUAUGCAAAGUCAUGGGAAGUUCUUGUGGAUGAUGCAAGGAAUGUUUAAAGCCAAUGGUGGAUGUGGUUAUGUGAAAAAGCCUGAUGUUUUGCUCUCUAAUGGUUCUGUGGGUAAAUUUUUUGACCCUUACAGUCAAGAUCUCCAGAUCAAGACAACUCUUAAGGUGAAAAUUUACAAUGGAGAAGGAUGGAAUUUAGAUUUUUCUCAAGAUCAUUUUGAUCGAUACUCUCCUCCCGAUUUCUACGCAAGGGUCGGAAUCGCAGGAAUACCUUUAGACACAAUAAGUUACAGAACAGAAACAGAUACAGACGAAUGGUUUCCGGUUUGGAAUGAAGAAUUCGAGUUCCCAUUGCGUGUUCCGGAGUUAGCUCUUCUGUGUAUCACAGUCAAAGACCACGACAAGAAUACUCAGAACGAUUUCGCCGGCCAGACAUGUCUUCCGUUUUCGGAGAUCAGGCCCGGAAUUCGUGCCGUCCGACUCCAUGAUCGUCUCGGAGACGUCUUCAACCACGCGAGACUGCUCGUGCGGUUUGUCUUGGAGCCUCGUGUGUGUCAAAAAAUUAAGUGACGGUAAGCUAGUCGUACGUACUAAGCAAGAGAUGCUAGAAUAAUUGAUUAUGAUGAGCAAAAUUAUUAAAUUUG